GCAGAAUUAACAAAUGUGCACUAUUCGCGAAUUUACUGACUCAUUAAAUGUUGUCAAAAUAACAACGUUGAAAUAAAUCAAAACAUUUUUUUUACUUUGUUUUAUUCAACAUUCAUCGCCUUUAUUUCUUUAAAUAGAUGGAGUAUAUCGAGCCCUACGAUGAUGAUGUCAAGCCUAUUAGUGAACCACUCGCGUCAAGCUACAUUAAUGUGAUAUCGGAGAAAGAGGAGCUCGACGCUGAAACGUUCUUGCAACAUCUGCAAAAGCAAAAAGAGAAUGACAACGAUGCGUUUGUGUUCCUGGAUUCGGAGGGCAACCGUCGAGAUGUCCUUACGUUCAGAGGUUGGAAUGAGUCUUCCCAAGAUAUGGCAGUGUCACUGUUGUCCAUUGGUGUAAAGAGUGGUGAUUUCGUUGGUAUCAUUUCACCAAAUUGUCGUGAAUUGAUUAUCACCUUCGGGGCCCUCCUCCACAUCAAUGCAAUACCAGUUUUACUAACAUUUGACCUGAAGAGCGGUAAAGAUGUGGCAAAGAAAAUCAGAGAUUGCAAUAUCAAAACGGUAAUGGUGGAAAUGUGUGGGGAUUCCAAGAAACGGGAAAUUGUCGAUGAGCUGUUUGGGAAGGUUUUACGAGGUGAACGUGAUGAAACGAUGCCCGAUCUAAAACAUGUUCUAAUUGUUGCCGAAAAUGUACCACCGGGAGCUAUCGAUGUCGCCACAUUAAUGAAAGAAAAGUCCGAAUCGGAGAGGCAAACAGUUCAAGGUUUAGCAGAUUGCGUCACUAAAGAUUCUCCAGUAUUUGUCUUAUUGACGUCUGGAAGCACGGGAGAUCCUAAAUAUUGCCUGGUACCUCACAGGGCUCACAUCAACAUAUCUAAGAAUAUCAAAGAAAGAUCACGACUGACAGAGGGUAAGAGAUACUUCAAUGAUCGUCCUUUUAGCUGGGCUGGUGGUGUGACCGCCAUUUCGUCAGCAUUGGUAGGACCCUGUACUGUCGUCACAAUUGAUGCAAGAUAUACGGUCGCAAAGAGUAGUGCAGAAAUGGUUUUAAAGAUAUUGGAGCAAGAAACUAUUUCUCAUGCUGUUGUUCUUCCCUAUCUCAUGUAUGACAUCGACAAGUUGGAGCGUGCAAAUUGUCAUCUUCCGUCAUGGGAAUGUACAUUUACCGGGGGCCAAAGAGUUGACGCUGAUAUGGUCGAACGAUACAAAGUUAAAACAAAAACUGGUGUAAUGACUAUUUAUGGCGCAACCGAAUGCGGAUUUGCAAGUAGUCUUUUCCCAUUUGCUAGCUUUACAAAGCAGUAUGGCACCGUCGGGUACCCUUUCCCUCACAAUGAAAUCAGUAUUCGAGAUAUCAAUAGCAACGACGUUCUCCCUAGUAACACACAAGGAGAAAUAUGUGUCCGUGGUCCUUUGGUAUUUCUUGGCUACUUAAACAACAAAGAAGCCACACGAGAAGCUUUACAAGAGGACGGGUGGUAUCAUACUGGUGACAUAGGCUCUCUCACUCCAUACGGUUACAUUAUCGUUGCUGGCAGACUGAAAGAGUUUAUAAAGCGUGGAACUACCAUUUUACAACCGCUCGAAAUAGAGAGAGUCCUUUUAGAACAUCCAGGUAUUCACCAAGUCCAAGCCGUCGGCGUUCCUGAUCCUAGAUUAUUUGAAGAGGUCUGUGCUUGCAUCCUGCCAGAAUCUGGGAUGACGUUAACCAUAGACGACAUAAAGGCCUGGUGUGAUGGUUUGUAUGAUUCCAAAGUCAGUGCUGAUGGCUUGGGAAGUAGACCAAAGUAUUUCAUCAUCCUGGAAGAGUUCCCUCUGUUGUCGAACGGGAAAGUCGACAGAGUUACUUUAAAGAUGAACGCAGCAAAGUCGUUGGGCCUCGAUUGAGAUAAUAUCAACAACCUUCUCCAAACCAUAGAGAGAAUAU